AUGAGGCAUGCUCGUGUAAGAGGCGGCGAGGCGGGGCUGCGGCUGCAGGCGGCCUUCCCGCCAAAGGCACGCGACGCGGAGGCGUGCGGAACAUGGGGGGGCAGGGUAGUGGGCGGCGAUCGCCGCAUACCGUCCUAUGGCGGCGAGUAUCGCUACGCCAGGGAGGACAAGGACGUCGACGUGCGGCUGCUGCUGUUCGAGUCGUUCGGUGGGUUUGGGAAGGGGGUCGGCGAGAUCCUCUGCGGGGCGGCGAACGUGCUGCAGAACAAGCUGACGCGGGCCCAGUACCUCGAUGAGGUGACUUGGACCACCAAGAGCUGGCUGGGGCUGCAGAAGCAGCGCAUCUCAGUCGUUCUUCACACGGCCAUCGCAGAGCAGAUUGUGAAUGAGCUUGCCAGCGGCGAGGGCGGUCGAGUGCACGGAGCUAAGUGCCUCGCCGUCCUCGCGGGAGUCGCUUAG